GUGAAGAAACAAAAUGUGUGGAAUUUGGGCCCUGUUUGGAUUAAAUUCACCUUUGACUUGUAUCUGUGAGAACUUUGAAAAACUUGUACAUCGUGGACCAGAAGCUUUUAAAAUUGAAUAUGAUCAUUCAGUCAAAAAUGGAUAUCUUGGAUUUCAUAGAUUGGCUAUUGUUGAUGAUCUUCAUGGAAUGCAACCAAUGAGGCUUUAUAAGUAUCCUCACCUGUUUUUAUUAUGCAAUGGUGAAAUUUAUAAUCACAAAGAAAUUGGCCAGGAAUAUGGAUUUCAAUUCGUAACAGAGUGUGAUGUAGAGGUAAUAAUACAUUUGUAUGAAAAUUUUGGUGCAGGAAGUGUUGCCAAAAUGCUUGAUGGUGUAUUUGCAUUUUGUUUAAUGGAUAUUAAAAAUAGGAGAAUUCUUAUUGGCAGAGAUCCUUAUGGUGUAAGACCUCUAUUUUGUUUAUACUCCGAUGAUGGACAACUUGCAGUUUCUUCAGAGACCAAGGGACUUAUGGAAAUAACAAAACAAAUAACAUCCAAGUGGGUGUUGGAACCAUUUCAACCAGGUCAUUAUAUGGAGUAUGAGAUCUUCAACGAUGGUCGAACAAAACAACUGUCAAAAGUUAACUAUCAUAUACCAGGAGACAAACCUAGUUUUAAAGUUCAUACUGAUUGGAAUGUUUUGAGUUCUACGGACGUACUUGGAAACAUAAGAAUGUUACUCUCAGCUGCUGUGGAAAAAAGACUAAUGGCUGAUAGGAAAAUAGGAUGUCUAUUGUCAGGUGGUUUAGAUUCAAGUUUAAUUGCAGCUUUAUUGGUAAAACAUGCGAAAGAAAAAAACCUACCAUAUAAAAUACAAAGUUUCGCUAUUGGAAUGGGUGAUAGUCCAGAUAUUAUUGCAGCUAGACAGGUGGCAGACUAUAUAGGUACAGAACAUCAUGAAAUAAUAUUUUCAGAAGAAGAGGUAGCAGAGAUUUUAGAUAAACUCAUCUAUCACUUAGAAACCUUCGAUAUUACUACAAUCCGGGCUUCAGUUGGUAUGUAUCUUAUCUCAAGAUACAUAAAAUAUAAUACAGAGGCAACUGUAAUAUUCAGUGGAGAAGGUGCAGAUGAACUGGCACAGGGAUAUAUUUAUUUCAGAGACGCACCUAACGCAGCAGAAGCUCAUAAUGAAUCUCUUCGAUUAUUAAAAGAUAUCUAUUUAUACGAUGGUUUAAGAGCAGAUAGAACAACUAGUGCAUUCAGUUUAGAACUGCGAGUUCCGUUCUUAGAUAUUCAAUUUACAAAUUAUUAUUUAUCACUAGAUCCUGCGUCUAGACAACCUCAGGGAGGAGUAGAAAAAUAUUUAUUGAGAUCUGCAUUUGAUGGCACUAAUUUGCUACCAUCAAAUAUACUAUGGAGGCAUAAAGAAGCAUUCAGCGAUGGUGUAACGUCAAUUAAGAAAUGUCUUUUCCAAAUUAUACAUGAAAUAGUAGAUCAUCGUGUAACAGAUGAGGAUUUAGCAAAAGCUUAUCUUAAAUAUUCUCAUUGCACUCCGAAAACGAAAGAGGCACUUUAUUACAGAAACGUCUUUGAGAAAUAUUACGGGGGACAAGCGGAACGUUUUGUACCGUACUUUUGGAUGCCACGUUGGGUAAAAGGAAUUAACGAUCCAUCUGCACGAUUCAUUGCACAUUAUUCAGCGGACAAUAAAAAUGGUUACAAAAACGGUACAAAAGACUGA